AUGGGGUCGGUGGGUGCCAGGGCUGACGGGGCUCCUUCUCUCCCCCAGGUCAACGAUUUCUUGUCGGGACGGUCCCCGCUGACCCUGGCCCUGCGCGUGGGCGACCAUAUGAUGUUUGUGCAGCUCCAGCUGGCGGCCCAGCAGAGCAGCGGGCAGCUCCAGCACCGGCACGUCAUCGCCAGCCGCGGCGAGGCGGGGGCCGCCGCCAGCCCCCACUGCCGGACGCUGCACGGCGGCACCGGCUCCGGCUUCGCCCGCAUCCCCGUGGUGCCCGCCUGCCAGCAGAGCCCGGCCCCCAGCCCCGCGCCCGCCACGCCGGCCCCCCCCAUGUACUGUAACGCCCCCCACCCCGCUCCCGUCACCGCCGGGAUGUUCCGGUCGCACGGGGCCAGCGCGCAGACGGUGAACAGCAGCGUCGUCUCCUCCUGCUCGGAGGUGGACUGCGGCACCCGCAGCAGCAGCUCCCCGGGCGGGAGUCCUGCCCCCACGGCCCGAUCCCGCAAACCCGGGGCCGUCAUCGAGAGCUUCGUCAACCACGCGCCUGGGGUCUUCUCAGGGACCUUCUCCGGCACUUUGCACCCCAACUGCCAGGACAGCAGCGGGCGGCCGCGGCGGGACAUCGGCACCAUCCUGCAGAUCCUGAACGACCUCCUCAGCGCCACGCGACACUACCAGGGCAUGCCCCAGUCCCUGACGCAGCUCCGCUGCCAGACGCAGUUCUCCUCCUCCUCCUCUUCCUCACCUCCUGCCUCCCCGGACCUCGCCACCAAAACUACCUCAGAGCCACUGCCGGCGGCCGCGGCCUCCCCACCUCUGCACCCCGUCGUCCAGUGCCAAAGCCAGAUCCGCAUGUGCAAGCCCAGCGGGGACCGCUUGCGGCAGACGGAGAACCGGGCGACGCGCUGCAAGGUGGAGCGGCUGCAGCUGCUGAUGCAGCAGAAGCGGCUGCGCCGAAAGGCCCGGCGGGACGCGCGGGGUCCCUACCACUGGCUGCCCAACCGCAAGUCCGGCCGCACCAACAGCAACAGCAGCGUCUCCAGCGAGGGCAGCCUGGACCUGGACUUCGAGGACUCGGUCUGGAAGCCCGAGGUCAAGGCGGACAUGAAAUCCGAGUUUGUCGUAGCAUAGAGCCGGCGGCCCCCCCCUCCCACCCCGCUCCCCACCCAGGGAUGGGGCGCCCCGAGGCCGCGGACUCUGCCGCCGGGGGGGGGGGACACCCCCAACUCCCGCCGCCCCGGCUGGCGGUGGUGUCAUUUCUGUUGUCAUGGGCCAGAUCUCCUCUAGAUUUGCCAUCUCCUGCGACCGGACACCCCGGGGCCGACCCUGCGUUUCACAGGGGGGGGUGGUCGGGGCAGCCUCACACACACACGCCCCCCCCUCACCCUCCCCCAGCUUGUUUGGGUUUGGGGAGCCGGGGUGGGGGGAGCAGGCAGGAGCUGCCAGCCCUUUCCCACAUCCUCCCAGCUGGGAGCGGGGGGUCCCGGCAGCUGGGGGGGGUCCCUGGGGGGUAUCGAAGCUGCUGC